AUGCUCCCCAUAAUCACCCUCGAGGAGCACUACAUAUCCUCCAAAGUACUCAACAUCGCCGAAGACCCUCACUACGCCAACUUUCCAGCACACAUCACCACCAAGCUCAACUCAGUCGGCGACGAGCGUGUCCAAGACCUCGACAACGGCCAUGUCUCCCUGCAAGUCAUCUCCCAUGGACCCGGCGCCCAGCCACCGCAUCUCUGCAUCGCAGCAAACAACGACCUGGCAGCCUCCAUCUCCAAACAUCCCGCACGCUUCAAGGCCUUUGCUCUACUACCCAUGACCUCCCCAGUAGAAGCCGCACAAGAACUCGAACGCUGCGUAACGCAUCUCGGCUUCGUCGGCGCCCUCAUCGACAACCACACAAACGGGCAAUUCUACGACGCAAAACGCUUCUGGCCCGUCUUCGAAAAGGCGCAGGAAUUAGACGUGCCUAUCUACAUCCACCCUUCGUACGCAGACGAUAGUCUCAUGGAGCACUACAAGGGAGACUUUGACGACGCCGUUGCGCUCGCGCUGAGCGCCUAUGGCUGGGGGUGGCAUUCGGACACUGCGCUGUCACUGCUAAAACUAUAUGCGAGCGGAUUAUUCGAUCAUCUGCCGCGCCUGAAAAUCGUGAUUGGGCAUAUGGGCGAAAUGCUGCCCUUUCAAUUGGAUAGAGUGUUUGCCAUUGCGGCGCGGUUUGGCGUCCAGCGCAGCCUGAAGGAAGUCUGGACGCAGAAUGUUUGGGUUACGACGAGCGGGAUGUUUGCGUUGCCGCCGUUGGCGUGUUUGUUGCAGACGAUGCCUAUUGAGAGAGUGCUGUAUAGUGUUGAUUAUCCGUUUUCGGCAAAUGAGAAAGGGUAUGAGUUUUUGGAGAAGGUUAGGGAGAGUGGGUUGAUUGGUAAGGAGGAGGAUUGGGAGAAGUUUGUGUUUAGAAAUGCGGAGGCGCUGUUGAAAAUUAAGGCUGUGCAUGUUCCUGAGUAA